ACUCCAAUACGAAUCAUUUCCUUCAAUUUUGCGGCCGUCAGUUUGCGCAUGCGCGGUGCCGUUAGCCAGGAUCUGAAGGAAGGAGCCAUGGCGGAGCUCGAGCCUCCAAAGAAGAUUCCUUUGGUACCAGAAAAUAUCCUAAAGAAAAGAAAGGUCUAUCAGGCAAUCAAGGCCACCCAGGCAAAGCAAGCCCUACUUGACAAGAGAAAGCAUCAGAGUGGAAAACAGAUCAGAUUCAAACGCCUUGAAGUUUUUUUGAGAGACUCUCAGAGGAAACACAGAGAUGAUGUCCGUCUGCGGCGCAUGGAACAUAAGCCUGGGCAGAUGACAAUGCCUGAUGGACACAAACUGGCAUUUGCUGUACGAAUUGCAGUAAUUAAAGGAGUCAGCUCUCGGGUGCGACUUGUGAUACAGAGGCUGAGAUUAAGAAAGAUUUACAGUGGCACAUUUGUUAAAUUGACACCAGCUUCAUUAAAAAUGCUGCAAACAGUGGAGCCUUAUGUGGCAUGGGGGUAUCCCAAUCUCAAAUCUAUUCGAGAGUUGAUACUGAAACGAGGCCAUGCAAAAAUCCAAAAUAAAAAGGUUGCUUUGACAGAUAAUGUUCUGAUAGAGGAACAUCUGGGAAACCAUGGCAUUAUUUGUCUGGAAGAUGUUAUUCAUGAAGUUUACUCAGCUGGAAAGUACUUUAAUGAAGUCAAUAAUUUUUUGUGGCCAUUCUGUCUGUCCGUCGCUCGGCAUGCAGCCCGUAAUAAAAUGGGAUUUCAGAAAGAGAUGGGUAAUCCUGGAUUUCGAGGCAAUGAUAUUAAUCAGCUCAUACGUCUUUUGAACUAGAUACAGAAACGUGUUUUCAGAGGAAAUUCUGAAAGGCAUCUAUUUGUACUCCAUGAUGUACAUUCAUUUUCCAGAAGCUUGUGAGAUAAUGUGGCAGUUAUUUUAUAAUUGGAGGAGGAAAACAAAGGUAAUCCAGCAACUAGGCUUCAAGUGAAUUGAUGUGAUCAACAACAGCAAAAUAUGAUUAUGUGUAUUGAACAUAGAAAAAGAAUUUGUAAAAUCUCAGACAUAUGAAGCAUCUACAAUUUUUGACUUCCAAAUUAAUAUGGAAAGGACAAUGGAGAAAACUUAAAAUGUAGAAACUGAGGGACACUAAGCAAUGCAACCUGAUGUACACAAAUUUCCCUACAUGUGUGUAAAUACAACUUAUCCAAAAUUAUUUUAUAAAAGUAAUUGUAAAAUAUCCUUUUAAAAGUUAAAGCUUUUGUUGCUUGCAGCGAGAUGGGCGGCAAACAAAUUUAAUAAAUAAAAGAAUGAAAUAUAGGUACUGAAUUCCUUUGGCUCAGUUUAUAUAAAAGUUGAAUAGGGAUAAACACAAAAUAAAAGUUUUAUUUUGAA